AUGCAAAGAGCUUUAGAGCGAGCUUUGGACUAUGCGGACCGUGGCAUUAAAAGCGCCCAACAGAGACCUCCAAAGAGGAAAUCCUCAUCUACUGAGGAAAAAUCUCUGCAUGAAAAGCUGUAUGACAUAUACGUUGAAGAGUGCGGGAAAGAGCCCGAAGUCACGGAGGAGUUGACGAGAAAUGUGCACUUGCUAGAGAAGCUUGUUAAGAGGGAGUCCUUGCCCUGUUUAGUGGUCAACCUACUUCCAGGUGAGAAGGAGUAUUCGCUGGUGCUGCGGGUAGAAACGAAAGUUUAUUCAGAGAUGGUUCUACUGCCUUAUGAGGAAAGGGACUUUCUUCAAUACUUGGAUGCUGAGGAACUGUCUCCUGAUUUGGUGGAUGUCCUGGAAAAGUCUCAGGUUAACGUUUUCCAGAGCGGGUGUGUCAUCACUGAGGUACGGGACUAUAGACAGAGCACGGACUCGGACCGCAGUGGUUACCAAAGCAGGCAUGUUCUCUUACGCCCAACGAUGCAGACAUUAGCUUUUGAUGUACACUCCAUAACCAGCGAUAAACAGAUACGGACCCAGGAAGACAAACUUUCACUUGAGAGCCAGCCGAUCUUAGCUACCGCUGAGCCCCUGUGCCUUGACCCUUCUGUAUCAGUAGCCUGCAUCGAAAACAAGCUGCUCUAUAACAAGCAAAAGAUGAACGCUCCUGCAACGAGUCGGAGCCUACAGAAUGAUUCUGCAGCCUCCCUGAAUCCGCAGCCGGAGGUGUCUUGCAGCCCACCCCCUCCUGAGCUAGGAGGAUGGGCUCGGGAGCAAAAAAGCGAAGAAAGUCAAGCAGAUCUGCUGGAUGACCUUGACAUUUUCAAAGAUGAAAAUUUUGUAGAUCUGUGGGAACAGCUACCCUUUGACUUGGAUUUCCCUUCAAAAGUGGAUAUGGACAAAUAUGCUGAGGAGGAGUUUGUCACAUACGAUGAUGCACAACCAACAGACUGGCCGGACCUGGAGGCACAAGAUGAUUCUCUAUUUGGAUGUCAAGUUGGCAAUCUAACCGAGACAACAAAGCCGGCCGUCAUGCAGUCUCUGAAUGAUCCAUUUAUCUCUGGGCAAAGGCCACGUAGAAAAGUCAGAUGUGGGAGACAGAUGUCUCACCUCCACUCCUCCACAGAUGACCAUUCCUAUAGUUUCACGCCUGGGUCCAAGACUGGUGCUGUGAAAGCAGCCAGAGAGUCCGAGGAAGUUGGGAAGAAGAGGAUUUGUCCAGUCAGGGUGCCACAGGGCUCCAGUGGCUUCACCAGUCUCAGCCAGCUUUGUCCAGUGAGAGCAGCAGAACAGCCUCAGGCCGUGUCCAUUCCGUCCGCAGUACUGGGCAAGGGAGGCCAACACACACCUCCAGCCAUCAGCCUUCCCGGCAGCUCAGGAAAGAGCUCCUUGGGUAAGCCUGUUCCUUCACAGCAGGCAAUCCGGGUUUUUCCAUCUCGUGCCCCUGCUUGGCAGCCACCAAGUCUUCCCCAGAAAUCUUCUGUGGAAGUGAAACGAGUUCGCACACUUCCUGCAGCCACCGUGUCUUCUGCAGGCGCAUCCCACAUCACCCCGGUCAUCCAGGUCAAGGCCACCUGCACUGACCCCAAGGUCAUUCAAUUGAUUGGCCCUGUACGCAUAGUCCGGACUGUGGUGAGAGGAUCCAACCCCGUUCAGGGCUCUCCCCGUGGGGCCAGGGCCCCUUCAGGAGUGAAGCCCAGCAGCCUGCCCUCAGGAGGCCAGCCACAGAACGCAGGGCCGGCGGCGCCACAGGCUCCUUCUCAAGGAGGCGUUCAGUAUGUGUUAGGGAACCUUUCAAGCCUCAGGCCCGUAAGGGUUCUCUGGGUCCCACAGGGUUCGGACAUUUCAAACAUCCUGCAGCAGGCCCAGCAGCCGCAGCAGCUGCUCUGCCACUUGAUGCCACAGCAGCCACAGCCGCAGCCCGCCACUUCUCAUCUGCCGCAGCCGGUGGUGCAGGUUUCCAGGGCGCAGGGUUCCAGCAGUCAACCGAAAGGCCUACCCGCUCAGCAAGCUGCUGUCAUUAACCUCAAUGGCGUCGGAAGUGUUCUGCAGCCCCAGCAAGCUCAGUUGUCUCGGCCCGGCUCUGCCCAGACAAGGCCUGGGCAGAACCCUGCCCCGCGGCUGGUCCAGCUCCCGUCUGCCUUCCAGCAGCUGCCACAGUCCCAGCCGGCGCAGUGGAGAGUCGUGCCGCUCUCAGAGGCUGUGGCGACGGCAUCAGUCCAACCAGCUCAGCCAGGUGGGGGCCAGCCGACAGCCGGCCCGGCCACAGGCAAAGGAGGCCAGCCCAGCACUCCCAGAUGCUGA